ACAUUUUAUUUAAGAGAUAAAUCAGACAAGAUGUUUAAGAAAUAUUUUAACGAUCUACCGAGAUGGACGUGAACUAUCGAUCUGUGAUAACAACAAACAAUAUUGAUUUGUAAUCAUAGCUAAUUAUCAUAACAAUAGAUACUAAUAAUAAUUUGAUGGUGAGUUAAUUAUGCCGCUGUGAUGUUUUUAACGCCGGUCAGGGCAAUGACGGCGGCGACUUUACUAGCUCAAUGUUAUCAAAAUCAAUCAAACAAUCUCGUCACAGUUUGCUGAUUCAUUGAGCUGUUUUCAAAAUUGUUUCAGGCAAGAUUUUUCAAAUGGUAUAAAAAGAAGAAAAUGGAUUUUUUCAUCAUUCACUUUUUGAUCUUAUAUAUUUACAUUCACAAACAGAAAGAAAUAAUAUCAACAAUGCCUCCGCUACCUUCAGAUUUCACUGACGUAACUUUGGCAAGAAACACAAGAACGAGAUUAGAUUUUGGAAUAACUGUAAAUGAUGUGAAAGGACCUGUUAAACGCCAAGCGGAAAGUCUCGAUUUAACUCCUACAAUGAAAAGAAAACGAUUUCAAUGCUUCACAUCAACACCCAAACCAGAAGUGACAACUCUUAGCCCAAUAUCCAGCAUCAUACAAGCUGUUGAUAAGCUGUCUACAGAAUCUGACCUUAUUGCAGACGGAUCACGUGUCAAUAUUCUACCCACAAUUCCAGGAAAGCAUAGCGAUCUUAGCGCCAUCUCACCGGAAACGAUGUCUGACGUCCUGGACGGCGUCUACGACAGCAGUGUGAACAAAGUAACGAUCAUAGAUUGCAGAUAUCCGUAUGAAUUCGAAGGCGGGCAUAUUAAGGGAGCUGUCAAUUUAUUUACUAAAGAAUCGAUAAAACAAUUCAUCCAAGAAACAGUGACGUCACCAACAAACAAUCAUGUUCUCAUUUUCCACUGCGAAUUUUCUUCUGAAAGAGGACCAAAAAUGUAUCGCCACUUAAGGGCUCUAGAUCGAGAUUUGAACAAAGACAACUACCCUCGACUCAACUUUCCCGAGAUUUAUCUCUUAGAAGGAGGUUAUAAAGCUUUCUUCAACACAAACAAUGAACAAUGUUUUCCCCAGUCGUACACACCAAUGCUCCACAAAGAACACAGAAAUGACUUAUGUCACUUCCGGGUAAAAUCAAAAUCGUGGUCAGCAGGCGACAAUCCACGCAGAUCCGCGAUUUCCGGUCCGGGACUUCGACUCCAAUUUUAACAAGUUGCCGUUUAAAAGAUUCUUCAGUACUGGACUACAUGCAGUUUUGAAUAUUCCAAGUAGAUGUAUUCUUGACAUUUCGGGGACCGGGGGAUAACUUUUAAAUGCAACGACAGAACGAAAAAUUUCCAAAAGUGCUAGAGAUAUUAUUGACUGUGAUAACGUUUACUGGUUGUUUGUUGUUUCAUAUACCGGACCUUGACCUUUAUGUACCGGAAACGGAUGGACUGCACGAGAAAAACAAAUGAAUAAAAACAUGACAUAAUCUCAGAUAUCUUCUGCUUGAUAUUGCUAAUGUUUUUGAUUUUGUUACCUUUUUUAUUUUGUUUGUUGUUUGUUAUUGUUAUAUAUUUGUUAAAGAAAAAUAAAUGAAGUGAUUCAACUAACUGUUCUUAGCAUUUUGUCACUGUUGUGUUAGUUUCAAAAAUAUCUUUCAUACUUAGAAACAUUUCCAUCUAAUUAUCUGAUGUCCCAUUUACUCUUAAGGUUUUUCCCGCACCUUUUUUAAGCCAGUCGCCGACCAUAUACAAAACGAUAACCUGACGAUUUGAAUGGAUUACAAAUGGUGUAUUUUAUUGGAAGGCAGGCAACUUUUACUGCAUAUACUUAGAUCUAUAUGACCUUUGACUUUACAAA